AUGCGUUCUUUUGCUACUAUCAUGGCUGCUGCAGCCCUGGCUCAAACCGCAAUGGCUCACUAUCGUUUCAACCAGCUCAUUGUUGGAGACGAGGUCACCAAGGAGUACGAGUACGUGCGCCAGAACAGCAACAUGAACUCUCCCGUCACCGAUGUCACCUCCAAGGACCUCGUCUGCAAUGUCGGCGGUCUCGACACUGGUGCCCAGACCAAGACUUACAAGGUCGCCCCUGGUGACACUGUUGGCUUCGCUGUCGACACCCCUAUCCAGCAUCCUGGCCCUCUCAAUGUCUACAUGUCCAAGGCAACUGGUGAAGCCUCCGAGUACGAUGGCUCAGGUGACUGGUUCAAAAUCUACGAGAUGGGUGCCGACAAGGUUGGCGACAACGGUCUUACAUUCAAGGCCGACAAACUCGACAAGGUCACCUUCACCCUCCCCGACGAGACUCCCGCCGGCCAGUACCUUCUCCGUGUCGAGCAUAUUGGUCUUCACAGCGCUUCUUCGUUCGGUGGUGCCCAGUUCUACAUCUCUUGCGCCCAGAUCGAGGUUUCCGGCAGCUCCACCGCUAAGCCUGACCCUACCGUCAAGAUCCCUGGUGUCUACACUGGUCACGAGGACAGCAUUGAGUUGAGCAUCUACUACCCCAUUCCCGAGAACUAUCAGCCUCCUGGUCCUGCCGUUUGG